UUUAUUUAUUGCGAUAUCAUGCAAUAUAUGAAUUAUUUUAUGUUUAAGAUAUGUACCAUAACGGUAUAAAGUACAUGCUCUGCAAAUAGCUUCCUAUAAAUUGUCUGUUUCAUAUUUCCUGUGUACAGAUCUUUGUAAAUUUUUAAAAACUGCUUGCAUAUGGAUAUGGAUACAUAUGUGUACUUAAGAGUAUCAACAUAUUAAUGUACACAUGUGUGUUCACAUCGGUGAGCCCACACUUAUCUCUGUGCGUUUGUGGGUGGGAGUUUGGGGCUUUACAUGUCUGAGAAAUUCCAAAUGCUUUUGCAUACAUUAAAUUCUAUUAGGAACAAUGUGUAAUUCAAUCCGGAGGAAAUGCAAAUCGGUUUAAAGCAACGUUAAUCUUCCGAGACUUGCUUCCAAAUACGGUAAGUGAAUUUUUAAAAUAUAUAUAUAUAUAUAUAUUUCCCGUUCCUAAACUAUUUUAAUAUUUCUAUUCCAAGUCUUAGUUUGAAUGUAUACUUUCAACUGGGGAAUCAACACAAGCAAAACCAAUUUUUUCCUUUCUUGACAUCUCGCUUCUUAUUGGCUCCAAGUAGGUCAGCUGACUUUGUCAUUUUGUCUGUCCUGGAGUGGAGCCGUCCCUAUAACAAUCUAGUUCAGACUACAAACUGGAGACAGAAAUAAAUAUUAAAGAAAUCUUACAGGCAGGUAAAGGAGAAGAUAUGAAUUCCUAUUUCACGAACCCCUCUUUAUCCUGCCAUUUAGCCAGUGGCCAAGAGGUGAUCCCAAAUGUGGCCCUUAAUUCAACUGCCUAUGACCCUGUUAGGCAUUUUUCCACGUAUGGAGCAGCGGUAGCUCAAAAUAGGAUCUACUCCUCUCCUUUCUAUACCCCGCAAGAUAAUGUUGUGUUUAGUUCCAGCCGGGGUCCCUAUGACUAUGGAUCUAAUGCAUUUUACCAGGACAAGGACAUGCUCACUAGCUGCAGGCAGAAUUCAAUGGGACACAAUACACAGACUUCAAUUUCACAGGAUUUUAACAGUGACCAAAACAGAGCCAAUGUCCAGGAACAGAAAACUAGCAUUCAGAUCUAUCCUUGGAUGCAACGCAUGAACUCUCAUAGUGUUUGUCUUGUGUCUGAUUCCCUAGGGGUAGGCUACGGUACGGACAGAAGGAGAGGUCGCCAGAUCUACUCCCGUUAUCAAACCCUGGAGCUGGAGAAGGAAUUUCAUUUCAAUCGCUAUUUGACCAGACGCAGGAGAAUUGAAAUCGCCAAUGCACUAUGCUUAACGGAGCGUCAGAUCAAAAUUUGGUUUCAAAACAGAAGAAUGAAAUGGAAAAAGGAAAGUAACCUGACUUCAACUCUGUCUGGGGGCAAUGGUGCUGCUGACAGCCUAACCGGGGGCAAGGAAGAAAAGCGAGAAGAGACAGAAGAACAGCCCAAGGAGUGAAGGGAGAGACUCCAGUUCACGACUCCUUGUUCUCAUUGUCUCUACUCCCCCACCUUCCCCUGGCUGGCAGAAUUGAAAUGGAUGGGUUGCAAUAUACAACUACACAUAUACACGCAUUUCCUUUCAGAGCCCGAAGUGAACUAUUGUAUUGAGAAGAAAUCCACCGUGCAAUGUGAUAGCUUUGGCCAGCCAACAUCCACCAAUAUGUUCCUCUGGCUAUAAGUCUGUAUGUCACAUUACUUCACUCCAACUUGGACUAAAGACACAUUUCUUUACAGCAAACAUUGCCUGCGAACAAAAGGGACAGACUUUUCCUGUGUGUGAGUUUGGGAUGGACCUUGCACAAAUUUCAUUUCAAGAAAAGUCAAGCACUCUCCAAGAUAUAUUCCGUUCCCCUUAUCCCUUAAGCCGUGGCCACUUAAAUAUAGCACCCCUCCCUGAAGAAUAGCCUGGCUGUAUUUAAAAAAACGAUACUUUGCAUCAUUUUCCAUAUUACAUACUGUGACAGUUCCGCGUUGACCUUAUUUUCUCAUUGUGAUAGUGGUGUCAGUAUUUAUAUUUCUGUUAAGCACUGCAAUGUUCAAAAGUAGCAAAUAAGUGACGUUUCCUAGUUGUAGAAUAUGGUUACAUCUUGUGUUUCACUGAUUAUGUAUAAAGAUCACGUCCUAUGGACAAAUUGUUGAGUAUUUAAUAAAAUGGAUAUUAUUUUUAUUUGUGCCAUGUAUUUAUUUCCUGUGUUUGAUUAAAAUAAAUCGGUGCACCUCACACAGCAUUUCCCCCCUGCCAUGAAGAACUAGUUUGAAUCUUCACAAUUCCCCUUAUUCGUCACUAUCAUUUGUAUUAUUUUUCAUGAGCUGAUAGAACAAUCAGAAUUUGCUCUUCAUUCACCUAACUUCCUAAACAGCAUCGCAGUCUCGCAGAAUACCCCACACAUCACAACACUGCAUACUACUCUUCCACUACUUUUUUUUAUUAAUUGUAAAAUAUUAUUUAGUACAUAAGCAGCAGUGCGGGAAACACUUGCAAACAUUUCCCAGAACAACUGCGACCUCAAACAACUAGAGA